AUGUAUGCUACCCACAGAAAUAAACCUGGUUUUCAAUUGGAUAUAGACGAUAUAUAUACCUAUCUAGGAAUCUUGUUUCUGAGCGGAUAUGCACCCCUGCCCCGCAGGAGAAUGUACUGGGAGACCAGCGAAGAUGUACAUAAUACUUUAGUUUCUAAGUCAAUGCGUAGAACUCGUUUUUUUGAAAUAUCUUCUAAUUUGCACGCAGCUGGUAACGACAACUUGCCUGAAAAUGAUAAACUUGGCAAAGUCCGAUAUCUUAUUGAUGCUCUGAAUACAAAAUUUCUCCAGUAUGCACCACUUCAAAGUAACAUAUUAAUUGACGAGUCCAUGAUUCCGUACUACGGGAGGCACGGGUGCAAGCAAUAUAUAAGAGGUAAACCAAUCCGCUUCGGAUAUAAGGCUAUAGAUGUUGUCAAAGGUAUGGGCCUUGGAGAAACAGUGGUUUUUCAUUUUGCAAAUAUUAUAAAAAACCAUUUUGCUGAUCAAAAAUUGUCUUUAUAUUUCGAUAACUUUUUUACUUCUGCAAAACUUGUUUCUAUGUUGGGUCAAAUAGGAAUAGGAGCUACAGGAACUACCCGAGAACACAGAACUGGUAAAUGCAGCCUAAUAGAGAAUGCAAAAAUUAAGAAGUUUGAUAGAGGAGCGAUGUGUUCUGCAUUUGAUGCCCGUAAUAAUAUUGUUGGGGUUUGUUGGAAGGAUAAUAACGUAGUUACGCUAAUGUCAAAUGAGUUUGGCUUAGAACCAGUUCUCAAAUGCAAACGCUACUCUGCUAAAGAAAGAUCUAAAGUCGAUAUACCUCAACCUUAUGUAGUAAAUAGUACAAUGCAUUCAUGGGAGGUGUGGAUCAGUUGGACAACCAUGUGUCUAAUUACCGCAUUGCAUUCAGAGGAAAGAAGUGGUAUAUUCCUAUAA